CUCCAGAGCCUGUUCUCCAGCUCCGUGUGAAGCAUGCUAAUGAAUCUUCACUUAGUGUCAUGUGGAUGACCCCUGUUGCGGAAUGGGAUAGCUAUGUGGUUUCACUGGGAGACAGGGAUCUUGCUGUCAUAAAAAAAGGGCUUGCAAAAGAAGCUAAGGAAUUCACUUUCACUGACCUGGUUCCUGGAAGAAAAUAUACAGCUACCAUCACUACCAUUAGUGGGAUUUUAAGCAACUGGACUUCAGUGGAAGGAAGAACAGUGCCAGCCCAAGUGACCGGUCUGACCGUGGCAAGUCAGGGAUCAACCAACAGCUUGUUCACCAACUGGACAAGAGCACUGGGAGAUGUAGACUCAUACCAAGUGCUAUUGAUUCACGAGAAUGUUGUCAUUAAAAAUGAAACAGUUCCCAGUGAAACUAACAGAUACCACUUCUAUCCCCUGAAACCUGGAGGACUCUAUUCAGUUGUUGUCACCACUGUCAGCGGUGGGAUAUCUUCAAGGCAAACGAUCUCAGAGGGGAGGACAGUUCCUUCCAGCGUGACUGGAGUAACAUUAAAUAACUCAGGUCGCAGUGACUACCUCAGUGUUUCUUGGCUGCCAGCUUCUGGAGAUGUAGACAGUUAUUUGGUAACACUCUCUCACGAUGACCAGAUUGUUCAGACUCUCACCGUUUCCAAAUCCUUCAGUGAAUGCUCCUUCAGCAGCCUUACUCCUGGGACACUUUACAAUGUGAUGAUAACCACGAAGAGUGGGAAGUAUGAAAAUUAUUCCUUCGGCCAGGAACGAACAGUCCCUUCAAGUGUACAGGGACUUACUGUCAGCAAUUCAGCCAGAAGUGACUACUUGAAGGUGUCCUGGUUACAUGCCUCUGGAUAUUUUGAUAAUUAUGAAGUGAUCAUCAAGAACAACAAUGAUUUCAUCCAAACAAAAAGUGUCCCAAAGGAUGAAAAUGAAUGUGUGUUCACUAAUCUGGUCCCAGGGAGGCAGUACAGCGUCACCGUCAGCACAAGGAGUGGGAAAUAUGAAACUAGUGAAAGAGUCUAUGGCAGAACAAUGCCAGAGUCAGUGAAGGAACUGACUCUUAGUAACAGGAGCACAGAAGAUCUGCAGGUAACUUGGUCAAAGGCUGAGGGGGAUGUUGAUAAAUAUGAAAUUCAGCUCCUCUUCAAUGAUAUGAAGAUCUUCCCGCCCAUUUUCCUUGGGAACACCAUUGAGGAGUAUUGGUUCACAGCUCUGACUCCAGGACGUCUGUACAAAAUUCUUGUCUUGACAAUCAGUGGAGAUGCACAACGUGCUACUUUCAUAGAAGGCCUGACAAUUCCAAGUGCGGUCAGAAACAUUCAUGUGUCACCUAAUGGCAUGACAAACAGCCUGAAAGUGAGCUGGACUCCAGGAGCUGGAGAUGUUGAUUCCUACACAGUGAUUAUAUUUCAGCAAAACCAUCAGCUUGAUUCCCAGAGUGUCUCCAAACAUGUCUCUGAGCACAUGUUUCAUAAGUUGGAAGCUGGGGAGCAGUACCAGGUGGUGGUGCAAUCCAACAGUGGCGCCUUGCACAACAGCUUAGCAGCUUUUGGGAGAACAAUUCCAGCCUCUGUCCAGGAAUUACUAGCCCAUCAUGCUUACAGCAGUCAUUCCUUGUUAGUAACCUGGCAGAAGGCUCCUGGUGUAGCUGAAAGAUAUGACAUUCUGCUCUUGAAUGAGCAAGGAAUCCUCCUGAGCAACAAAUCAGAGCCAGCUACUGCCAAACAGCACAAAUUUGAAGAUUUAUUAGCCGGCAAGAAGUAUAAAAUACAAGUUUUGACAGUCAGUGGCGGGCUCUUCAGUAAACGAGCAGAAACUGUUGGCCGAACAGUUCCAGCAGCUGUCACAAAUCUGAAGGUCAUAGAGAACACCACUGACCGACUGUCCUUCAGCUGGACCACCUCACAAGGGGAGCUUGAUUCAUAUGACAUCUUCCUAUACAACCCAGACAAGUCCCUUCAUGACAGGAUGUCGGGAGAGCAGCAGCUCCAGGAAUGUUCAUUCCAGAACCUGCGGCAAGGCAGGAUGUACCGCAUGGUGAUUGUUACCCACAGCGGAGACCUCACUAAUGAGUCAUCUGUCUUUGGAAGAACAGUACCAGCCCCAGUUGUUGGUCUCAAGGCAUCCAACCGAAACAUGACAGACAGUCUGUGGUUCACCUGGGGUCCAGCAGCAGGAGAUGUUGACUUCUAUGAGCUGAAUCUUUAUAACCCAAAUGGGACACAGAAAGAAACAUGGCAUAGGAAAGACCUGAAAGAGUGGCAUUUCCAGGGGCUCGUUCCUGGCAGAAAGUACACUCUGGUUGUGGUGACCCACAGCGGUGACCUGACGAACACAGCAAACGCUGAAGGAAGAACAGCACCCAGCCCUCCUAACACUGUAUCAUUUACUGAUGUUGCAAACACUUCUUUAUCAAUCACUUGGCUGGGUCCUCCAGACUGGACAGACUAUGACGAUUUUGAGCUGCAAUGGCUUCCAAAGGAUCCCCUCACAGUAUUCAAUCCCUACAGCAGCAGCAAAUCAAAAGUACGCAUCAUCUAUGGCCUGCGACCAGGAAGACUCUAUGAGUUCAGUGUCAGAACAGUCAGUGGCGACAGCUGGAAGACAUACAGUCAGUCACAGUCUGCAAAUGUGAGAACAAAACCAGACAAGAUACAAAGUCUUCAUUGUCGGCCCCAGACCUCUACUGCCAUUGCGUGUUCCUGGACUCCUCCUGAUUCUGACUUUGAUGGGUAUAGCGUCGAAUGCAAAAAAAUGGACACUCGCGAAGUGGAAUUUUCUAAAAGGAUAGAAAAAGACAAAUCUGUGCUUAAUAUCAUGACCCUCGUUCCCCACAAGAGAUACCUGGUGUCCAUCAAGGUGCAUUCUGCAGACAUGACGAGUGAAGUAGUUGAAGACAGCACCAUCACAAUGAUCGACCGUCCCCCUCAGCCACCUCCAGACAUACGAGUGAACAAAAAAGAGGUGCUGAUUACCAAAUCCUCCAUCAACUUUACUUUUAACUGCAGCUGGUUUAGUGAUACUAAUGGAGCUGUGAAGUACUUUACUGUGGUUGUACGAGAGGCUGAUGGUAGUGAAGGACCAAAGCCUGAUGAGCAGCACCCAUUACCUUCCUACCUGGAAUACAAACACAACGACUCUAUACGUAUCUACCAGACAAAUUAUUUUGCCAGUAGAUGUGCUGAAAACCCUGACAGCGACUAUAAAAGUUUUGACAUUAAGCUUGGAGGAGAAAUGGAAAAUCUGGGAGGAAGGUGUGAUCCAGAUCAGCAAAAAUUCUGCGAUGGACCUCUAAAGCCUCGAACUGCUUAUAGGAUCAGCAUACGGGCUUUUACCCAACUCUUCAGUGAAGACCCAAAGGAACUUCCUAAACCACUCUUUGCAGACACCUUCUUCUCUUUACCGAUCACUACAGAGGCAGAGCCUCUGUUUGGAGUUAUUGAAGGUGUGAGUGCUGGCUUGUUUCUGAUUGUGAUGUUAGUGGCUGUUACUGCUUUAUUUGUCUGCAGACAAAAAGUUAGCAAUGGCCACGAAAGACCUACAGCAAGGCUGAGCAUUCGCAGGGACAGGCCACUGUCAGUCCAUCUGAACUUGGGGCAAAAAGGGAACCGGAAAACUUCCAGUCCGAUCAAAGUCAGUCAUUUUGAAGCACACUUCACCAAACUUCAAGCAGACUCCAACUACCUCCUGUCCAAGGAAUAUGAGGACUUAAAAGAUGUGGGUCGAAACCAGACAUGUGACAUAGCACUUCUGCCAGAGAACAGAGGGAAAAAUCGAUACAAUAAUAUAUUGCCCUACGAUACAUCAAGAGUGAAGCUUUCCAAUGUGGACGAUGACCCUUGCUCAGACUACAUUAAUGCAAGCUACAUACCGGGCAAUAAUUUCCGCAGGGAAUACAUAGCGACUCAGGGCCCUUUGCCUGGUACCAAAGAUGAGUUCUGGAAGAUGGCAUGGGAACAAAAUGUUCAUAAUAUUGUUAUGGUAACCCAGUGUGUUGAGAAGGGCCGGGUGAAGUGUGAUCACUACUGGCCUCUUGACCAGGAUUCCUUGUACUAUGGAGACCUGAUUGUUGAGAUGCUGUCUGAGUCGGUGCUCCCAGAAUGGACAAUACGAGAGUUUAAAAUCUGCAGUGAAGAGCAGCUUGACUCAACGAGGCUCAUUCGUCACUUCCACUACACUGUCUGGCCAGAUCAUGGUGUGCCAGAGACCACCCAGUCCCUGAUCCAGUUUGUCAGAACUGUAAGGGAUUAUAUCAACAGGACCCCAGACACAGGACCAACUAUCGUGCACUGCAGUGCUGGUGUUGGCAGGACUGGCACAUUCAUUGCACUGGACCGAAUUCUGCAGCAGCUGGAUUCAAAGGACACUGUCGACAUUUAUGCAGCAGUACAUGAUCUAAGACUUCACCGGGUUCACAUGGUUCAGACAGAGUGUCAAUAUGUGUAUCUGCAUCAAUGUGUGAGAGAUGUGCUAAGAGCCAGGAAACUUCGCAGUGAACAAGAAAAUCCCUUGUUUCCAAUAUAUGAAAAUGUGAAUCCAGAAUAUCACAGAGAUGCAGUUUAUUCAAGGCACUAAUAAUGUUACAGACAACUGCUUUUGUGACCACGUUUGUUAACUAGGGGU